AUGCCACAGAAUCUGUCUCCUCCACCAUCAGCUAAAGAAAGCUUAAUGAUACUACGCCUGUAUCCUUCGGAGGGCAGACUUGGUAAUGGUUCCAACACACCAGCUAACCAACAAACCACCAUCAGUUCCUCUGGUGUUCGUGUGGCAGAUCUUGGUUAUCGAGAUGACCAAUUUCUCAAGGGUUUUCGUCGUGGAUGGUAUAAUGAGUCUAUAUACUUCCGAUGCGUGGGAGAUCAUCCUAAUUGCUUUCUCUCCGGGGGUAACGCGAGCAACUCAACGAAGUUCGAUAUUCGCGAGGAACACGACUUCGGCUAUGAUAACACGCGGGUGAUGAUCGAGCUGCCCGACGAAGGAGUCGUUUACUGUCGAGGUGUCGGUGACAACCAUACCAACCCAGAGAUGGCGUGUGUGCUUUUUGACCAUGAGGGCAACGCUCGCGAGCGAUACGCCUAUCUGGGAAAACUAGGUCGAUGGAGUGAUAUCGUGCAGUAA